CCGAAUACUAAGUAUAACAUUGGGGUCGUCGGCGCUUGUUUCUUCCCUGGGUGCGAGAUCCGUUUUGUUGUUGGUUGUUUUUGGCUUUUGGUUUGAAGUACCGCUGUAGUCUUUCGCGUCUGCGUCAUGGCAAUGUGUCCUCGCAAUUUGGUUGUUUCCGGCUGCGCGACAUGUCGCGUGUCAGCCUGUCGUUCUAGUAGGCCUUUUUCCUUGGGCACGCCCAUCUCCCGUCUUUCUUCUCCCUCGCCUACCGAAACUCCUGGGAUUGGCCCGUCCGGGUCGUCACGGGGGAUUUACCUAUCUUGCCGGUUGCAGUACGACUCUUCGCCACGUGCGUCGUCUCCACGCGGUCACCCCGCUGGUGCACAGCUCGGUGCUGCCGCCGCAUGUUAGAAAGGCUUACCCCAUUAGACUUCAGUCAGCGCUGACUGAGUAGUCUAAUGGGGAAAAGAACUAUGGGUGCUUGUACAAGUGACCAGCCGGGUACCCGUGCGUGAGACUUGUGUCGCCAAUUGGUAAACAAUUUGUCUAGUCAGCGCUGACUGUGUAGUCCAAUGGGGUAACCCUUUACUAGCACGUGAUACACGCACGGGUUCGAAUUCCAGCUGGUCACUUUCACAAGCACCCUUAGUUCUUUUCCUGCAGCGCCUGACGAGGGGUCCGUCCCCGGAGAUCCCUACUUCCAAAAAAUCCCAGUGACCAGCCGGGUGGCUACGAGCCGAGAGUAUAUCUUUUGUUAGAAAGGCUUAGACUACCCCAUUAGACUACUCAGUCAGCGCUGACUGAGUAGUCUAAUGGGGUGUUAUAUCCUGGGGCUGUGGGCGGUAGAGAAGAGGGGGCUGACCGCUUGAUCCGUGGUGCAACAGCUCGCCCUUUUGAGAAGACGCCUGCAGCUCGAAACCGAUCCGAAACCCGAACCGAAAGUAGUAUAGAAAAUCACGGGAAGUUGGCGGCCGUGAGAAAACCGGCGUCCAAGACGACGCCUGCGGUAGUAAGCCCGUUUCCCCGGGGUAGUUACUGUUUAGCGUAGCGAGCAUCCAGCGCGUUCCUAGUUCUUGCAGUGACUACCGAAAAUCCAAAUCCACUCGCGGUAGGUGAAACCUAGCCGCGCGAUGGUGGUACCAUCCCACCAAAUCGGUUGGGUGACAACGGAGUGAAAGAAGAGAAGAGUUGUUCCCCGCCGUCGGCUUCCCAGUUGGCCGAUGUUGAAGAUAGUGACGCAAACGGCGCCGCGCCUGCGAUUGCUUGUAACGCUAGCCGCUUGCAUCUCUAUCGGCUGUCCCCGUUCUCACUGGUCGGACGCGUAUAUGCCUACUCUUGCCUACGGGGGCGGCGAAAUUUAACAACGAUGACUGAUCCAACAAACACAAAUGAAAAACCCGUCGUAGCGCGAGUUCUGCCGUGUGUAUUGAGGGUUCGCCCCGUUUUCCUGAUUGAAGAAAAACAUCCUCCAAGCUCUAGUCGAGCAGUAGCAGGACGCCAUCUGUCUGAAUUUCUCGCCGAGUGUCAAGGCGUUUCGAUUUUUUGUUUGGCAGAUUUGUUCUUAAGUGCUGCAUGCAUUCACAGACCUAGCCCCUUUUUUUCUGUCUCCGCAGACGAAGUGGAAAUAGAGCUUGAAGUGCAGCGGGCACAGCCGGUUGCCAUCACCGGUCACCGUAUCAGUAGAGGUCCAGGGGGUUCCAUAGCGGUACAAACGACCCGCGUUGGCGCGGACACCGCCAGCCCGCUUGGGGCUUGGGAAUCUUAAGCAAACAUCCAGCAGUAUGGUAGUUUUGUGCACACGUAUUGGGUGGCAGUACAUUACGUCAAGUAGGUGCCAACAAUGAGUGCACUGUGACUAUAGUAAGCUUGCCGCGCUCCGCGCGCAAGCUCGCUCCCGUAAUUCCCUUUAUGUGCCACCAGGUUACGCGUUCCUGGCUACAUAGGGGCGUGGUCCGACCUUCCCGUCGGCGGAGAUGAAAGGGGCGCAUGUUUACGUGCGGUCGAAGGAGGAGUGCUGGCAGCUGGGGGUGGUGCAUCAGGUUUCGAGGGCGCGGGAGGAGGACCUCCCGUGCAACGUCCAUUUCGUCGACCUCGAGCGGCGUUUCAAUGUGUCGUCGUCGCCGGCAAAAUAUUGUACGGCGGUGGAUGGUCCGCCUAGCCCAUGGUGCUUUCUGGUGCACAUGCGGUCCGGGAGCGUCCGGCGGAACGGGAGCUGAGGGGUGCGCUGUG